AUGCUCCUGAGGACGCGGAACUCUGGAAUGCCUCUUUACCAGGACGCCCCAGAAUUGCCGCCGACCGAGAGUAAUUCGUCGCCGCCCAGCUCGCCUACGCCACCGCAACGCCGCUACGGUAACACAGAAUGGUGCAGCUGCAACCACUGCGUCGUGUUAGAUAACGGCACGGAGGCAGAGUGCGUAUGCUGCCGUGAAAUGGGUUCCGCACUGACCCGCGUUCAGUCAGCUGGAUGCAUCACAGAGCACCCAGAAUUUAGCAUGCUCUGCUUGAGCAUUCCGGUGCUCCGCCUGCUCUAUUUCGAGCUCAGGGGUCACGGACAUCCCAUGCAUGAGGACAUCCACAGACGGUACCAGUACACGGCCUACAGGACUUUUGUUCGCUGGUUGUGGCGGCGGCUUGGUAGGGGGAACAGGAUGAUCCUGCCGGCAUGUUUGGUUGGCAGGAUAAGGGAGGAGUUUCCUUCCGAAACCACAACUGGUUUCAGGUAUCCUCGUUACCGCUAA